UCUUUUAAACAGCAGCUUUCGUCGCCAUAAAUUACCAUUUGCCUCCACCCCCACCCAGAGAGACUUUUUAAUCACUUCAACUUUACUAUUUAGGCAUUUACAUCGUCUCGGGAACUCGAAUUUUAACUACUUUUUGCCGGGACUAAGAACUUUAUAUCCGCGAGCCUUUGUCAGCUAGCUUAAGUUGCUACUACUAGCACCGGUUUGUUUGCAAGGAGCCGCAAAAUGAAGUUGAAAAUCGUUUUUGGUUUUUUUUAAUGCCUUGUUUUAUAUUUAAUUGAUUCGCAAACGACAUGGACGAGGGGGGCGAGGCUUCAGAGAUAACCCGGCUACUUUCCUAUGGCUAAAAAAGAGUCAGGAGGGGGGCAAUCAGCGACUAUGAGCAGGUCCGAACUGGAGGACAGAGUCUCGUCUACAAGCGAAGACUCUCUCCCUCACCUCCACUCCUCCAACGCGGACCCUCCGAUUCAGAGUCGCCCCCUCAGCGACUUGUACCUGUUCCACGGUCCAGUCGAAAAGCGUGUUGUCCCGUUUCUGCAGCCCCUCACUGUGGGCCCCAUCGCCACGGACGAGAGCCACCCGAACGGCGUGGACUCCUCCUCGGGGAAGCCCGGCUCAUCAAGAAUCAUGAGGCUUUUUUCCAGUUCCAGGAAGGGGCCCUUUACCACGCCGAGUCCCGUCACUGACAGUCCCGCUGGUCUCCCCAGACUCGGCAUGGUGGACUCUUUUAAAAAGCUGCGCUCGUCCGUUCUCCAGGGGAUUCAGAGUCGCGGCGCAAGUGGACUUGAUGGGAAGUGUGAAUCCUCGUCCAGUCGGGAAGCUGAGAACGAGAAUACCGUCACGAAGGACGGGGCUUGUUACCUGUCUAAUGGAAAAUGUACAGAGAGUCAGUACGACUCUGAUAUUGACGAAGACGAGGAUAUUGACGAAGGCUUUCAACGCAAUACUCGUUUUUCCCGGAGUAUGAGGAGAGCAUAUGGGGCCGGACGCAUUACCUUGAUGGACAUGGACGAGGAGAGCCUUGCAGGAGGUAGCACCGACCACAAGAAAGCAAAGAUCAACGGGCAAGCGGAAAACAUCUCCAAUGGGACCGUGUUGAGCAGACUUAGCAAGAGCGCGGAUAACCUUCACGUUUUUAAAAUGCCAUUCAAACGCAAGGCCCCCACGCCAUCCCCUCAGGCGGCCCCCCAGGGGACUACAGCAUCAAAUGGGACCCCGAACAUCCAGAGGACGACCAGCGCCUCUUCGAUGGACCUUGACGUUUGCAGGAAGAGCCCGGUUGGGGUGAAGGGACAGGUACUGAAGCUGGUGGGGAGCAUGACUGACCUCAGCGUCCUGCAGCGGCAAAGCCAAUCGCCCUCCCCGGGCCCCUCCGCUACCAUGUCACCUCUGAGCCGUCUCCACGACGACUACUCCCGACGCAUACCUUGCCGGACCAGCAGCGAGCGACAGCGCCGACCCUCACCUGUCAGAGCCCGGAUCUUGUCGGCGGGACAAGCCCCUCUGGUUCAUGCGCCGUCCGAACGGGACAUUGCCGCACUCCAGCGUCACGUCUCCAUGGAAGACGGAUCCUUGGAGAUCGCCACGUGCGGGUUUGGGUCGGAAGACCAUUCACCUCCCGACACCCGAAAAGACGAGCGAACAAACGAGGUAACGUCAGAGGAGCAAAGGCAGGAAGUGACGCAACAAGAUGGCGACUCCCCGGAAACCAGCGACAGCACCUCCCCACUCUCCCCGGUCUUCCUCCCGGAGUCGCCGACGUUGCCCUCCACGGAGGCGACCGCAGUCAAGUCCCGGCGACGGAGCGGGCGCCCGAAACCGCGGCCCAUCUCGGACUAUGGGCAGCUCCUCUCCAGGAAGCACUGCAUUCCUGAGGAGGUGGUCGAGCUGAACCCCGACGAAAGGACGCAGUCGCUUCACCAGGAAUGCAUCGGGAACGGUGUGUGCGAGAGCGGGGAGGAGUGCGGCAUGAACGGGAGCGUUCCAGGCAGGCGGCAGCAGCGACCCGUGUCUGUGAUGGGGGUGGAGGACUUGUUCUCCCCUGAUGGCGACGAGGACCGUUUUCCUUCUCCUCUGUCACGGCCGCCCAUCCCCUCCCACAAGGUGCCCCCCUACAAGGCAGUCUCAGCCAGGUUACGCCCUCCCACCCUCUCCCAGAGCACCCCCAUCGGACUGGACCGCGUGGGGAGGAAAAAGCUGCACCGAAUGCUCAGCGACGGCGUGUCCGAAUGCUCGGCUGCGCCGGACGACAGUGUGAGCGAGGAAGACGAGGAAGACGGGAGCUUCGACGAGCUCGCCGACGUCACGCCGUACCUGGAGCCGGGCGUGGAGCUCUCUGUGCUUGUUGAGUGGAUAAGCUCGGGCCACGCCGUGUACGCCGAGGCCCUGUGGGACCAUGUGACCAUGGAGGAGCAGGAGCUGGCCUUCAAGGCAGGAGAUGUAAUCCGCAUCCUGGAUGCCUCGCACAAGGACUGGUGGUGGGGCAGGGGGCCAUACAAGGAGGCCUGGUUCCCCUCCAGCUUUGUUCGGGUGCGCGUGAACCAGGAGGACUCCAGCGCGGGGAGUGUGGAGAGCGUUGCAGACCAGGAGGACCCGGCUCCCCGGGAGGCACACAACAGCCAGCACAGACAGCAGAUGAGGACCAACGUGGUGCAGGAGAUCAUGAACACAGAACGCGUCUACAUCAAGCACCUGAAAGACAUCUGCGAGGGUUACAUCCGUCAGUGCCGCAAGUACCCAGACAUGUUCACCGAGCUACAGCUGAAGACCAUCUUCAGCAACAUUGAGGACAUCUACAGAUUCCAGAGGCAGUUCCUACGCGACCUGGAGAGGAAGUACAACAAGGAGCAGCCGCACCUCAGUGAAAUUGGCUCUUGCUUUCUCUUGCAGGGCGAGGGCUUUUCUAUCUACUCUGAGUACUGUAACACCCACCCAGCAGCCUCCACCGAACUUCAACGCCUCAUGAAGUCCGGCCGGUACAAGCACUUCUUUGAGGCCUGCCGCCUCCUACAGCAGAUGAUCGACAUUUCCAUCGCCGGCUUCCUGCUCACUCCUGUCCAGAAGAUCUGCAAAUACCCCCUGCAGCUGGGCGAGCUGCUCAAGUACACCCCCAAAGACCACAGUGACCACGGUGGGGUCAGCGACGCGUACGAGGCCAUGAAGAACGUGGCGAGUCUGAUCAACGAAAGGAAGAGGCGGCUGGAGAGCGUCGACGCCAUCGCCCACUGGCAGGUGGCCAUUCUCCGCUGGGAGGGGCCCGACGUGCUGGUGCGCAGCUCCGAGCUGAUCCACUCCGGAGAGCUGACUCGAAUCCUCCGCCAGGGCAAAAUGCAGCAGCGCAGCUUCUUCCUCUUCGACCACCAGCUGGUCUUCUGCAAGAAGGAUGUCCUGCGCCGGGACCUUCUCCAAUACCGAGGGCGGAUGGAUAUGGACCUUACCGAAGUGCUUAACAUGCCCGACGGGCGGGACCCGGACCUCGGCCUGACCCUGAGGAACGCCGUGCGCCUGCGCCACGCCGACACUCUGGAGUUUGUGUGCAUGCUGUGCUGUAGGAAGCUCCAGGACAAGGAGAGGUGGCUGCAGGCGUUCAAAAAAGAGAGACGGCGAGUCAAGGAGGACCAGGAGCUGGGAAUAGAAAUCAGUGAGGAUCAAAGGAAACAGGCUAUUGCUAAUGCCAGAAGAGCCAAACAGGGCAAGAUCAAAACUGUGGGCUACUCCGGGUCUGUCCUGCCGCACCACCAGAACCUCCACCCGCUUCACCAGCGGCACGUGACCAUCCCUACCAGCGUACCCCAGCAGCAGGUGUUCGCCCUGGCCGAGCCGCCCAAGCGAAAGCCUUACCAGCUGCUCUACAGCAUCACCCGCAGCGCCUUUUUCAGGAAGUGAACCAGGCGCCCGUGCCUUUCUGUGAAUGUUCUCGUUAUAUAUGUGUGUUUUUACAUGUUGUUGACAGUGCCUUGAAUGAAUGAGGGGCAACUAGUGUUAAAAUAUCAACUGUUUUGUUCUGGUACCACUCACCCGUGUUUCUGUCUCUUUUCUGUCCACUGUGACAAUGACGUCUAUUCUGCUCUUAUGUUGACUUGUAUUUUAUUUCACAAAGGCUGGACCCUUUUUGUUGUUUGUUUGUUUUUAUUUGGACUUGUGCUGCUGAACACCUUGUCUAUUAAUAACAAUGUAAAUAAAACUCUUGUACAAGAAAAAA